AUGAUGAUGCCAAUUCUGGAUCAGAAUCCAGCUCAUCACCUUCAUGGUUAUGGUCAUCAAACAUUUUAUCAUCAACAGCAUAUACCAGAACAAGGUGGUAAGAUGCUAUUGACACUUAUCUUACCAAAUGGUGUUCCAUCUGUUAUUAGUGUUGAUGCUAAUACACCAAUGAUGGACUUGCUUGUGCAAGCUACAUCAUUAAAUAAGCUUAAUCCGAGCAGUCAUUCGCUCGUUGUACUUGAUUCAAAUCAACAUAUUAUUCAUUUCAAGGCUAAUCAAACCGUUGGACAGAUUGGUUCUUCAACAAUUAGUCUUCUUCCUAAGGAUACAACACAUUCAAAUCCUUUAUCAAAACCUAAAACUCAACCAUUUGAAAUAACAGUUCGUUUACAAAUUAAUUUACCUGAUGGACAAAAAAUUUUAUUACGCAUUGAUCCAACAUUACCAUUAUAUGAAAUAAAAGAACAAAUAUGUAAACAAAAAAAAUAUACCGAUUCAAAUCGGUAUAUAUUAUGCUACCCAGAUAGACUUAAUCAACCAUUAUUACUUGGAUUAUCAUUAGCUGAAUAUAAAACAAAUAUACUUACAUUAGUUCGUCUUAAACAAGGUCCUCAGUACAAUAGAAAUCAAUUACAAUCAUUUGAUCGUCUUUAUCGUACACGUUCAGAAAGUCAACCACCAAUAGAAACUAUUCAAGAAGUUCAAAAUGAACAACAAGAAUUAACUAAUAGCAAACAGCGUCCAGCAAGUGUUCAAUUAAAUCCAACUGGUUCACCCAAACAAGGUCAAAAUGUUACAUCAUUACCAACACGUUCUACACGACCAAUAACAUCUCAUACAUCUCUUCAUGCUUAUUGGAAUGAUCCAAAUUUUGAUACACAAUCACAAACAUCAAAUACAUCAUCAACAACAAAAAAACGUCGUGCACCUAAACCACCUGGUUAUAUUAGUCCAACAUUACAUGAACAACAAAUCAUUUUAUCUCCAUUAUCUGAUCAUCAUCAAAGUCAUGAAUCAUUAACAGAGAGUCUUAAUGGUACACAACAAAAACGUAAAGCUCCAGUUUUGCCUAUAACAACUAUUCCUCAAGAAACUCAAACAAAUGAAAUUGUCGAUGAUCAACAAAUACAAAUCAAUAUUGAACAACCAAAAAUUGAUAUAACAAUGACUUCUGAUGAUCAACAACGUUUAUUAAAUAUUUUAGCUGAACAAAAAACACCACCAACAGCAAAAUUAGUUAUAACAACACAUUCAACAGAUGAAAAUCUUACUGAAACACAUUCACCAACACCAAUUUAUUCUCAAAUUCAAAAACCUGCUAAAGAAAUUAUACAAAUUGAAUCUCCAUAUUCAACAGUUCAAGCAUCUUCAACACCACCCAUUCCUCAACAAGAUGAAAUAAAAAAUAUUUCACCAACAAACUAUUCUAUUGGUGAACUAGUUCAAGCCGGUAUAGCUGAACCACCACCACCAAAGUCACCUAUAAAAGUAUCAAAAGAAUCAAAACCUUACAAUGGUCUUACUAAAAUUAUAAAUGAUCAUAAUGAACGUGCUGAAAUCUAUCAAAAAAAUCAGAAACAAGCAGACGAUGUAUCGUAUUUUCGUGUUGCAAAAAGUCGUCAUGGAAAAUUUGAAACUGAUAAUCAAGGUUUUGUUAAUAAUUCAAAUAAUAUUUUUGAUUCAACUAAUAAUAAACAAGAACAACAACAACAAGAACCAAAAUCUAUACAAACUUCUGAAACAACAACUACAACAACAACACAAAAAUCAAUUCCUGUUGUUGUUCAACAACAAACAAAAGGUAAACAGGCAUAUGAUUUAUUAAAAAAAUAUGAAAAAGAAGAACAAAAUCAACAAAUACAACCAGUCGAUACUGAUUAUUUAAAAACUACAACAAGUGAUAAAGAAAAACCACCAACACCAAUACAACUUGAAGUUACCGAACGUACAACACAUAUUUCAGUAACUGUUGAAAGUGAUCGAAAACAACUAAUAACUCGAGCUUCACCAGUACCACAACAAACAUCAACUUCACCUUCAAUUUUAGCACCGAAACCAUUCGGUAAAACUAUAACAGAAUAUCGUACGGUUAGACGAAUUGGUAAUGGUGGUGAAACAACAACAACAACUACUGUACGUACUGAAACAGUACCAUCAACAAAUAUCGAUAAUAAACAAUUAACAUCAGCUGAUCAUGUUGAUCAAACAAAUUCAAAUCUUACAACACAACAUGAAUCAUUAACAGAAUCAGUUCAAAAAUCUGGUGGUUUAGAAAAUUUAAAGAAAAACUAA